GCUCUGUUGUACUACUGCAACUCAGGUGUCACUUCUGGAUUCGACACUGUGAACGUCUGCUUGUCACAGCGGUUGUUUCUUUAACGGGUUGGCUGAAGUUUACUGAAUAUGGUGCGGACUGGAGGUAUUUUCAAGUUGGCAGCGCUUGUCUCCGCAUUCAUCCUCGCCAUCUAUCUGGCAUUCCAGCUGCUGGAGAUCAGGAUGGACUUCCGGCUCGGAGGCGUGAUGGACAAAUCGGUUCUCACGAACGAAGGUUCAGAUAAACCAGUUCGACACAAGUGCGGGCUCUCCAAGGCGUGUCCUGUGGGCCAUUUCGCCUUCAAAAUGGCGAGCGGCGCAGCUAGCGUAGUGGGGCCCAAAAUGUGCCUGGAGGACAAAAUGCUCAUGAGUGCUGUUAAGAACAACGUGGGACGAGGAAUCAACAUCGCCCUUGUCAAUGGAAGAACAGGAGAGCUGAACAAAACGGACUUCUUCGACAUGUGGGCAGGAAAUGUGGCCCCCCUCAUUCAGUUCCUGAAGGGAAUAGAGGACGGGACGGUGGUCAUGAUGGCGUCCUUCGACGAUCCUUCCACCAAGCUCAAUGACGAAGCCCGGAAGAUGAUUGCCGACCUGGGAAGCUCGGCCAUUAACAACUUGGGCUUCCGGGAUAACUGGAUCUUUGUCGGAGGGAAAGGGAUCAAGACCAAGAGUCCAUUUGAGCAGCACAUCAAGAGCAGCGCAGACACCAACAAGUUCGAGGGCUGGCCGGAGGUCCUUGAGAUGGAAGGCUGCGUGCCUAAGAGGGAAGACUGACCCCCGUUGCAUGUUCCUCAUCUGAGUCGCCGCCUUUUUCCGUCCUGUCAAGACUGUUUACCGCCGACAAUCUUCCAAAGGGCUCGUGCUGGAAACACACAGGUGAAGCUCACCAAGAAGGGACUGGAAUACCGUCCAACCUUAAUCCAGUUGUAUUAUUGACAUUAUUAUUAUUGCACUGUCUGCUAUGCCUGCUAACCCGCCUUCACCGUGAACCAACUCUACUGUGAACUAUGUAAAUAUAUUUUGACAAGGAGGAUUCAGAUUGAUUUAAUGAACAAUCUUAACAUGUCUGCUUUGUUAUUGCUGGAAUUCUUCUCCACCAGUUAAUGAUUAAUACAGCACUCUUGGUACUAUCUUGUUCCACAUACACACGCAAUUAGAUGUUAAUGUAUUUGUAAAUGACAUGUACUCUUAAGUAAUCACCUCCAUGUCAGAAAGCGUUAAAAAAGCUGCAGAAGAAAGCAUUUAUCACAGCCUCUGUUAUAAUGUUGCUCCCAGAGCAUAAAUGACAUGCCUUUUUUAUGUGGGAAUUAAAGCUUUCACAUGGGUUUAUUAA